GCGGGUCUAUCCGGAGCAUCACAACAUUGUGCUGCCGCUUUGUUCGAGGCUCUGUAAUCGCUGCGUUUAUCUUCGAUGAAGGAUUCACAGUGCACACGUGUAUCUGCCAGGCUCAUCAUGGACAUGACUAAUCAUGACUAAUGAUUUAAAGACCAUACAGCACUACAUUUACUUGUGUGUGAAACCUGGCAAUGUCCACCAUGGUGUAUCCACGUGAAGAAGCCCUGGAGCGACUGAGCCAGGAUGAGAUCGUCCUUAACACUAAGGCCGUCAUGCAGGGUCUGGAGACGCUGCGUGGCGAGCACGCCCAGCUCCUAAACUCUCUGCUGGACUGCACCCAGCCACCUGUUGCACAAGAGAAGUCGGGGCUGCUGCGCAAGAGUCUGGAAGCCAUUGAGCUGGGUCUGGGAGAGGCACAGGUGAUCAUCGCCCUGUCCAGCCACCUGAGCGCCGUGGAGUCGGAGAAGCAGAAGCUGCGCGCUCAGGUGCGCCGCCUCUGCCAGGAGAACCAGUGGCUGCGGGACGAGUUGGCUGGAACGCAGCACAAGCUGCAGCGCAGCGAGCAGAGCGUCGCCCAGCUGGAGGAGGAGAAGAAGCACCUGGAGUUCAUGAACCAGAUCAAGAAGUUCGACGACGACGUGUCGCCCUCUGAGGAGAAGAACCAGAGCUCGGGCGGCAGCACAGGCGGAGACGCUUCAAAGGAUAAUCUGGAUGACUUAUUCCCUAAUGAUGAUGACCAGGGACCAGCCCAGCCCAGUGGAGAGGUGGCAGCCCAGCAGGGAGGCUACGAGAUCCCGGCACGCCUCAGGACGCUGCACAACCUGGUGAUCCAGUACGCCUCUCAGGGGAGGUACGAGGUGGCUGUGCCACUGUGCAAGCAAGCCCUGGAGGACCUGGAGAAGACAUCUGGGCAUGACCAUCCAGACGUCGCCACUAUGCUCAACAUCCUGGCUCUGGUGUACAGGGACCAGAACAAAUACAAAGAAGCCGCUCAUCUUCUGAAUGACGCUUUAGCCAUCAGGGAGAAGACACUGGGGAAGGACCACCCAGCUGUGGCUGCAACCCUCAACAAUCUAGCUGUAUUAUAUGGCAAGAGGGGCAAAUACAAGGAGGCUGAGCCUCUCUGCAAGAGAGCACUGGAGAUCAGAGAGAAGGUGCUGGGGAAGUACCAUCCAGACGUGGCUAAGCAGCUGAACAACCUGGCCCUACUGUGUCAGAACCAGGGCAAGUACGACGAGGUGGAGUACUACUACGGACGAGCCCUGGAAAUCUACGAAUCCAAGCUCGGAGCUGAUGACCCCAAUGUGGCCAAAACCAAAAAUAACCUGGCUACAUGCUACCUGAAGCAGGGGAAAUUUGCAGACGCUGAAGCUCUGUACAAAGAGAUUUUGACCAGGGCGCACGAGAAGGAGUUUGGCUCUGUCAACAAUGAUAAUAAACCAAUCUGGAUGCACGCUGAGGAAAGAGAAGAGAGCAAGGGCAAACGCAAGGACUCAGGCCCAUAUGUAGAGUAUGGGAGCUGGUACAAGGCCUGCAAGGUGGACAGCCCAACAGUGAACACAACCCUCAAAAGCUUGGGAGCUUUGUACCGUCGCCAGGGCAAACUGGAGGCCGCAGAAACACUGGAGGAGUGCGCCAGCAAGUCACGCAAACAGGGUAUUGAUGCCAUUAACCAGAGUAAGGUGGUGGAGCUGCUGAAGGACGGAGGCUCUGGGAGCGACAGACGACACAGCAGGGAGGGAACGAACGGACCUGGUGGACAGAGAGGGGAGAACGAGGGCGACGACUCAGCUGAGUGGAACGGGGAUGGUAACGGGUCUCUGCGCCGCAGCGGCUCCUUCGGUAAGAUUCGUGAUGCUCUGAGAAGGAGCAGCGAAAUGCUGGUGAAGAAGCUGCAGGGCAGCGGCCCUCAAGAACCCCGCAACCCAGGAAUGAAGAGAGCCAGCUCCCUUAACUUCCUCAAUAAGAGCACCGAGGAAACCACACAGGAUGUCAACUCUGGACUCUCAGACAGCAGGGGGCUAAGCGCCAGCAACGUGGACCUAUCCAGACGCAGCUCCCUGCUCGGCUAGAUCGGAGACGGGAGGCGGGAUCCGGGAGGCAGAAGCGGCCCGAGGAGGAGAGGCUGUUUGCAGCUCGGUUUGGUCCAACUACACACUUAAAGCUCAACGCCAGAUCAAACACUUUGCGCCUGCAGCAUAUUUUUUUAAAGAACACUGGGGAGGAGGGAAAGCAUUAGCUCCACACUCGAGGUCGUCCUCUGAGACGCUGCUGCUUCGCUGUAUAAAACGCUGCCAUCGAUCAGAAAAGAGAAUAUUUAGAUACACAUUUACGAGCAUGCUGCUUACUAGUUCGUGGAACGUCUGCACCUGAACGCCUCGUGUUUUUUCUGGGGGGUUUUUGGGGUUUUUUCCACUCACAGCACCGUAGCAGAGCAUCGUGCGUUAUGACGAGUCGGUUCCUUCAGUCCACAUCUCUUAAGUGCAGAAACUCAACCUUAGGUGGGCUAAUUAUAAUCCAGGUCCAGUCCAGUUUCACCAGUAGCAUGAAGUAGACACAGACACUAACCAUCCACCUGAAGCAUAUUGCAGAUGGUAAAAACGGUACUACCUGAAAGAUAGAGCAGAGGUGUAACAAGAGAAUACAAGCAUCAUUAGCACUAACCAUUUCAACCUCACUUUAUGCCUUUUUUUAUGUAAAUACAGAUUUAAAUUAUUUGGUAUUUGAUUCUCUGUGUAUAGUGCACUGAUUUAUUUCUUUGUUUGUUUGUUUACAAUUUAUUUCUGGUAAAGAGGGUCUCAUUUAGAAGUAAAACACUACCUGUAUGAAGGGCAGAGACUGGAGAUGAAGGAAAAGAAUGGAGUGAUGUGAAGGUGAAAGGUUAAUGGGCAUUGGUUGAUUGUAUCCAUGACACUAAAUGCUGAUAAAUGUAUUACCUCAACCGUUCAUAUCCGAUACCAAGUUUUCAAAGUUUCACUAUAAUCGUGUGCUUUAAAUGUGACAGUACUGUAUUUCUAGCAACAAUCUUGCUAUCUACUGAGCAUACUUUGAUGGGAAUGGUUAUUCCUUUCCCCUGGAUUGGAUUGUGACAGUGUUUGGGGGCAGAAACUGCACUUUUUCAUGAGUCAAAAGACAGAAAACGGGCCAGGAAAUUCAUUUGAGGAAAGAUUUAGAAAUGAAUCUUUUUUUUUGUUUGUUUGUUUUAAUUUUUGGGGGUUCACAUCCUCUAAAAUGAUGCCGUUGCGUUCCUUGUGACUUAAUUUAAAGUCACGUUAAAAGAGCUUUUAGGGGUCGUGCGUAAUCCAGGACAUACUGUUUCAUGUCCCAUUUGUGAUCUUCCUAUUUUGCACUGCAGGUUUAGGAAAAGAUCAUGUUUUAUGUUAAAAUUCUGCCUUUCAUAGCAUUUCCGUUGGGAAAAAAAAGUCCUUUACAGGAGUCCAUGUGCGAUGAGUUGACUCUAAAACGGCAGUAAUUGACUCCUCGAUGUCCCUGAAGCCUCAACAGGGAGUUUAAUCAAAGUUUGUUUUGGUACCUUUUACCUGAGCUCCAUGCGACUAAAUAAUAAAGAAAAUUCGAUGUUUAAAAAUAAUGUGUUUACAAUCAUUACAGCAGGAUAUUGAAGUGAAAGUGUCUUUUAAAGCUGUGGGUAACCCUCUUAAUUAUUUGAUCAGAGCUGAUGCAGCCCAUCAGCUGAUGUGUUUACUGUCAUUCCUCUUGUGAGUUUGUUGUAGUUUUUUUCUGUAUUUACUGUUGUUGAAUGUGCAUCAUUUUGUACAAAUCAGUCCUUAAUGUUACAUUUCUUUCUUUUUUUCUUUUUUUUUUGUACAAGCCUCUCCUGGGUGGAUCAGUCAUCAGUUGUAAUCAAACCCUCGCAGGGAGCUGGCUGAUGGUGGUCCGCCCUCGCUGACUUUUUUUGUUGUUGUUCUGAAGCGAUUUUUUGUUUUGGCUCUGAGCUUUUAUGUCGACGGUACAAACAGCUGGUUAUUUGAAUGUUGAUUUUUAAAGUUGAUUGUGCGGAGUCUGGUGGAUUGUUGUUGUUUGCAAGCCAGGACGCUACUAUCAGGAGAACUAUCUGCCGAAUGUACUUCUUAUCAUGUUAAAGCAAAAUUAGGGUCAGCAAGUGAUGUUACACUCUCAAGUUUUUCCUUGACUUUACCUUCAUGACGAGAAAGUAAACAAAAAGGUGAAUGUGAGUUCUAAAAAGGUGAAGACAGGUUCGUGUGAGGCUGUUUUGUCAGCGUUGGUGCAUGCACACCAUCGCCACGCAGCUAAAGAAACCGAAGGCACGCUUUUUUUUCUUUUUAAUUUUUAAUUAGCCUUCGAUCUCUGAGUGGCGCUAAGUUUAUCCUGUCUGCUUCAGAACGUGCGUGAUGGUGCAGGUUUAAUGAACGGAGGAGUACCGAAAGUGCAGGACGGAGUUAAAAAGUAGUGAGUGGAAGAGCUUUGGAAAGACGCUGGAAAAACAUAAAGUGCUUUAAGUGUUGUUCACAGCAAAUAAUGUACAGAGUUAUACAUGUAUGACCUUUAUAUACGUGUUUACUGUUUGUCACUUAUUCACUCAUAAGAAUGAUGGAAGAUUCCUAUAACCAUACACACAAUCUCAACACUGUCUAACUGUAUGUGUGUGUGUAUGUGUAUAUACAUAUAUAUUUAAAAAUCAAAUGGUGAAACACUAGUUUGUAGCUGAAGAUCCAGUAAAGAUCAGUGCUUCUUUCCAGUACACACCAUCAUAUCAAUACUUACCAGUACUGUAAGGUAUUAAUCAUUCACUUCUACACCCUGGGUCGGUGCAGUGUAAUAACUGGGAUUUCAGGAGAUGCAGACUCCUUAAACAUGUCACCGCUAAUGCACUAUUUUCUCAUGUGGGAGAACAAAACUGCUACGGCUGUAAAUAUUAAUUUGUGUUCACUGCAGCAACAACAAUUUGAUCCAAAGCUUAAAAGAGAAAUCUUGAUUUCUGUGUGCUGUCUGUCCAAAUGUGUAUGGAGAUCAGUGCAUGUACUCAGAGCCACUGAUGGUGAUGUACGAUGUACGUACGCAGGCCUUCUCUCUUUUUUUUGUUAUUUUUCUUUGUUUUUAUUUUGUUGCUGAUGAUUUCAUGCAUCUUAUUAUGACGGGGCCAACCUAAUGUGUAUUUUAAUCAAAGGUUCAAUAAAUGCAAAUUCCACUUUUCAAACCAAA